ACUAUAUUUAUUAUUGCCUCUAGGGCAUAAUUCCAACAGGAAUAUAAGGCUAUGUCUAGCGACUGAUGGCUUCACACCUUUUGGUAUUAAAGCAGCCUCCUACUCUUGUUGGCCAGUAUUUGUAGUACCUUAUAAUCUUCCACCGGAAAUGUGCAUGAAGCAGAGUAACUUGAUUCUUGCAGUAGUUAUUCCUGGUCCAGAUCAUCCAGGAAAGAACCUAAACGUAUUUAUGCAGCCUCUAGUCGACGAACUUGAUGAUUUGUGGAGAAAUGGUGUAGAAACUUAUGAUAGUUAUCGAAAGCAAAAUUUCACCUUAAAGGCAGCUUUGCUUUGGUCUAUUCAUGACUUUCCAGCUUAUGGAUUAGUAGCAUGUUGGAGCACUCAUGGAAAGCUUGCUUGCCCUAUAUGUGGAUCUGACAUAAAGACAUUCUCAUUAAAGAAUGGGAGAAAACCCUGCUGGUUCGACUGCCAUAGGAGAUUCCUUCCCACUGACCAUGCAUUUCGUAGGAGUGUGAAAUGUUUUCUCAAGAAAAAAACAGUUUAAAAUCGUCCACCAAAGCCCUUGUCUGGAGAAGAGGUGUAUGAAGAACUCCAAAGUCUUGUCCCUGAUGAAACUGGCAAGAGUAAAUUUGAGGGGUUUGGGAAGGAGCACAAUUGGAUCGCUAUAAGUGGUUUGUGGCAGCUAGAGUAUUUUCGAAAGUUGUUCCUUCGCCAUAACAUUGAUGUAAUGCACAAUGAGAAAAAUGUAUCUGAGGCUUUACUAAAUACAUGCCUCGAUAUUCCUGAGAAAAAUAAGGAUAACAACAAAGCACGCCUUGGUGUUGCUCUGUAUUGUGAUCGACCAAAGCUACACCUGAACAAGAAUUCAAGGGGUGUGUGGAAGAAACCUAGAGAGAAAUAUUGUGUCAGCAAGGAAGAUAAAAUGACCAUCCUUAAGUGGUUUAAAGAAGUGAAGUUUUCUGAUGGGUUUGCUGCUAAUUUGAGUAAAACAGUCAACUUGAAUCAAAAAAAAUUCAUUGGGCUGAAAAGCCAUGACCACCACAUCAUCAUGCAGCGCCUCCUCCCAGUUGCCCUACGAGGUUUCAUCCCAGAACCUGAAUGGAAGGUCAUAGCAGAGUUAAGUUUUUUUUAUCGGCAAUUGUGUGCCAAAGAAAUUGUUCCAAAACGGAUGCGUGAACUUGAGGAGGAGGUUCCUGUUCUAUUAUGCAAGCUUGAGAAAAUGUUCCCACCAGGCUUCUUCAAUGUAAUGCAACACCUAAUUGUGCAUCUUCCAUAUGAGGCAAGGGUUGCCGGCCCUGUGGCAUAUCGUUGGAUGUAUGUUUUUGAGAGGGCAAUGCACUAUCUUCGUUUAAAAGUGCGAAACAAGGCAAGAGUGGAGGGUUCAAUCGUUGAAGCUUGUAUUGUGCAGGAGAUCAUGAAUUGUGUUUCUCUUUACUUUAGAGAUCAUGUUCGUACUAUAUGGAAGAAGAAUCCUCGGUAUAAUAACGGAGGAACACGCGUGCAUAAUGAUGGUUGUACCUUAGAUGUGUUUCAGCAUGAAGGAAACCUGCAUGGAAGGCGUACUGCCCGAGAACUAUCGUGUGAAGAGUUGAAUGCAGCAAGGCUGUCCAUUCUGACUAACUGCUCUGCUGUUGAUAGAUUUUGAGAAGCAUUUGAGGAUGAAAAAUAUGCGAGGCAUCCCAACUUGACAACAGAGGGCCUUGAGAAAAUGAUGGCAUCUGAAUUCAUGGAAUGGUUCGAA